AUAAAUAUUUUCAUAAUAGAACUAGAACAGCAUAUAAAAAUUACUUUAAUUAUAUAUGUUAUAUUUCUGCAGAGAAAAGAGCCACUGUGGUCGACUUCACAUACCCUCACUACCGGGCAAUCCUGAGCAUCAGCUCCAACGCGCCUGGACUCAAAAAUCGGGCACUGGCCGUUCUCUCUUCCUUCACACUUGAGGUAUGGAGUGGAAUCAUGGCUUCCGUGGUGUUCAUGGGUUUUGUCGCCUACGUUCUGUCAGUUGCGUCUGUCUCAUACCAAGAGGACGGGACAAAGAGAGAGAGCCUUCAGGUCUAUGCUUUUAACAUGUUCAGGAAUAUUGUCUCUCAAGGAAAUAUGAUGAUCGUGUCCAAGUGGUCUCAGAGGUUUCUCUUCUAUUCUUGGUACCUCUUUUGCCUCGUGGUUUCAGCCUUAUACUCGGGAAUGCUGACGGCAGUGUUAGCCAUCCCGGCCUACGAGACCCCAAUCAACUUCCUGGAGGACCUGCCCAGAGCCGUCAAGGACGGGUAUACGUUGAGCGUUAUGGCAGACUCCACUAACGAGUACUUGUUCAAGGAGGCCACGGAGGGCAUCUACAAGCAAAUAUGGCCAUUAUUCAACCACAAAGACCGUCCGGAGAGCUUCGUCAGUUCGCCCGUGAUAGGGAUGAAAAGGAUUCUGGAGAGGAAAUACGUGUACAUGGGCCCUUACCUCGUCUCCAGAGUCAUAGCCAUGCAGAUGGGGGACAGAAAGUUUUACUUUGGGCGACAGAAAUUCUUCCCUCAGGAUGUGGGAAUUGCCGUUCCGCAAGGGGCACCUUACAAGAAAAUCUUCGAUCAAAAACUGCUGAGUAUGGUCGAAGGCGGCCUGAUAGCGAAGUGGCAAGAAGAUGAGGUGAGAAAGAUCCCGCAAACAACUUCCGGACAAGAUGAAAGUGGAUCGAAAAUAUCAGCUCUCACCCUCACGCACCUUCAGGCUGCUAUGUACACGGCUGCAAUCGGGUACGUGGUGGCGGGCGUGUCUCUAAUCAUCGAGAAGACUGUUCACUUCUCAUUUGAGAUCAAGGAUGCCUAAAACCAUAGAUAUCGAGAGGAGAGAUUGGACAGCGCAUAGUAGCUAAGCAGUCUGUGAUGUGCACUGCCUGCCGCCAUUGCUAUGCGAUUCUUCUUAUGUAAACAAUAGUGCAAACCCAUACUCUUUAAAAAGUGUUUUCUUGGAUGUCUGUCAAGACUGUCAAAGGAUUUAUACACCAUUUACUAAAUGCAAUAUGCACUGUAUGCAGAAAUAAAAAUAUUUAAUUUUACUGUUAUAUUUUUAUUUUUCUUCAGUUAAGCCAUAAAGCUUUGUAGAUGGUGGCAACUACUUAUGGUCAUGCAGUAUUGGCAGACAAUUGUCUCAGUAGUCUUUGAAGAUUAGUAAAUUGUCUUUGCAGCAUUUACCAAGGACAACGUGUACAAUAUGUAGAAAUAAAAAUUCUAAUUUUGUCUGCAGUAUUUAUACACUUGUACAAUAUAGUUGAUCAAUUCGUCGAUAUUAUGUGCUUUUCUUUCCACCAUAAAUUUAUAGUAGUUUAACUUUCUAGAGGCAUUACUAAUUAUCAUCGUUCUUUAUUCGUGGGUCAAACUGACAAAAUAAUAUUUGACAAUAGUAUGGUAAAAUAAUUGUCAUCUCCAACUCUGUCAUCCCAUACACGCUUUAUCCAUAGGCAAAAUAACCUUAUUAAAACAGCCUAGGUUCAAUAGCCUGAUAUCUACCAGCCAAUAUUCACUAGGACUUGGCUGUACUGUUGGUUGGGAUGAGAAGUGAAACCAGCUCAUCUUAGGUUAGUUCACAAUUUGCGUUUCCAGUUUGAGCCCUAUUCUAAAUCCCGGGAUUUCGGAACAACUAGAAAAUAAUCCAGGGAUUUCUCAGUAAAUACAAUUAUUUUUUAGAUAUUUUUCAUUGUCAACCAAUCAAAGUAAAUGUUUUACAAGGAAUAAAAGAUAAAAUCUAAAUAAUAUGGAUAAUAAAACAAACGGCAUUAAUUUUUACUGGGAUUUGAUGAUAAGAAUAUCAAAGAAUAUAACUUUCAAUGAGUUACAUUGGGAAAUUGUGUCAUCAAGCAAAAUAUAAACAACGGAUCUGGCUCUUUUAGUAGGCAUGUAUUUCUUGAAAUACUAAAUAGCUUUGCCCAACAACGAAUGAUAAUUAAUGAUAUCAUAUAGAAAAUACUCGGUCUCCAUUUGUGACACUAAUCAAUAUCUAUUUUGAAAGCUGCAUCAGUGU